CCGGUCUGGCUCCUGCCUUGGGCGCCAUCUUGGAUUUGGGGACAACUGGAGUUGAGGGAGGGAAGGAGGGAGGCAGGCAGGAAGGCGGAGGAGCCCCAGGAGACGAGCCAGGGGAGGGGGGCCUCCCAGAGCCAGGCCCCCCAGCCCCACAGCGAGGGAGAGGGCGCCCUUCCUCCCCAGGACUAGGCCUCCUUGGCCCUGACAGGAUCCCUGUGGCUUUCUCCUCCCUCCCUCCCUCCCCACCCACCCACCCCUGCCCCUUCCCCACAAGGACCCCUGCCCCUUAGAGCUCUCCCUACAAAGCCCCCGUCGCUCCAGUAGCCCCACCCAACCCGCCCUCCCUCUUCCCUACCUUAACCCCCUUUAAAGUCUAAAUAUCCGAAGGCAGACCCCGAACGUUGGGGGUGGGGGCUGCAGGGUCUCACUUGCUCCUCAUAUACCCCCCAAUAGCCUUUUACAAUCAGUUGAUAUUCCAUAGAUUUCCCUUCCCUCCCUUUUCCUAGUUUAACCCCCUUUAAAGUAUAGAUAUCAGAAGGUAGGCCCCUAACAUUUGGGGGGGGGACUGCAGUGUCUCACACUUUUCAUACCUCCCCCAAUAGCAUCUCCCUUCCCCUUUUACAAUCAUUUGAUCUUUCCUCCCUCCCUAGAUUUGGGGUUCCCAUCCACCCCCUAAAUAAAGAAGACUCAAGAGGUCCAUAUCCCCCUCCCCAAAUAUAUCUAUUCUGCAGCAAUGCCCCUUUCCCUUUAGCAGAGCCCUCCCCUCCACGUCCUCCCUUUUGCGGAGCCUUUCUUCUCCAGUCGAAAGAGAGAGAGAGAGGCUGAAGGGGCUGUCAAUGCCGUCAAUGCCCUCUGCCUCCCACCUGCAGGCCUUCCUCAUCCAAAGGAGCCACAGCCCUCUCUAACCCCUCUUCCUUGAUUGGAAGAGUUGGAGAGGAGGAGGAAGAAGACGAGGAGGUGGUCGUCGUCUUCGUCUUGGGGGUCUACUCCCCACCCUUGAUGCCCUGGAGCUGGAGGGAAACAGGAUCCAGGCAGCUGCCAAGACUUCCAGCAACCCUGUGAGACAGAUUGUGGUGAAAAGGAGUACCAUAACUCUGCCUAGGUCACCCAGUGAUUUCAUGGAUAAGCAGGGCCUUGAACCUGGAAUUCCUUUGUCUCAAUUGAGAACUCUAAAUACCAUUUCUGUGAUCCAGUUUGGUGCUGGUUUUUGCAGUAGUGCAUCUUAUGCUGCAAGGUGGCAGUUUUUCUCUGAGAAGGGUGAAGGCGAGGCCCAGUCCCUUCCACGGCCACCAUGCCGUCUAAUGCCCGGGCUGGCAGCUUGAAGGACCCUGAAGUAGCAGAACUUUUCUUCAAGGAUGACCCUGAGAAACUCUUCGUUGAUCUGCGGGAGAUUGGGCAUGGCAGCUUCGGAGCUGUCUACUUUGCUAGAGACAUACGCAACAAUGAAGUGGUGGCCAUCAAGAAGAUGUCUUACAGUGGGAAACAAUCUAACGAGAAAUGGCAAGACAUUAUCAAGGAGGUGAAGUUUUUGCAAAAGCUGCGGCACCCAAACACAAUUGAAUACAAGGGCUGCUAUCUACGGGAACAUACAGCAUGGCUGGUAAUGGAAUACUGCCUAGGUUCGGCCUCAGACUUGCUGGAAGUGCACAAGAAACCACUGCAAGAAGUAGAGAUUGCAGCCAUAACUCAUGGUGCCCUGCAGGGUCUUGCAUACCUGCAUUCGCACAACAUGAUCCACAGAGAUGUGAAAGCUGGGAAUAUACUGCUGACAGAACCAGGACAAGUGAAGCUGGGGGACUUUGGCUCAGCCUCUAUCAUUGCUCCUGCUAACUCUUUUGUUGGUACUCCAUACUGGAUGGCUCCUGAAGUGAUCCUAGCCAUGGAUGAGGGACAAUAUGAUGGCAAGGUGGAUGUCUGGUCACUUGGAAUCACUUGCAUCGAACUUGCGGAGCGCAAACCACCUCUCUUUAACAUGAAUGCUAUGAGUGCCUUAUACCACAUCGCCCAGAAUGAUUCUCCUCUCCUUCAGUCUAGUCACUGGUCUGAAUAUUUCCGGAACUUUGUAGAUUCAUGCCUGCAGAAGAUCCCCCAGGACCGCCCAACCUCUGAUGUACUGCUCAAGCAUCGCUUCCUCUUGAGGGAGCGGCCUCAGACAGUUAUCAUGGAUUUGAUCCAACGAACCAAGGAUGCUGUGAGGGAGCUUGACAACCUGCAGUACCGCAAGAUGAAGAAAAUCCUUUUCCAGGAAGCACAGAAUGGCCCAAAUGCAGAAGCACCAGAAGAGGAGGAGGAAGUGGAGCAGUUUCUCCACCGGACAGGCACCAUUAACAGCAUGGAGAGCAGCCAUUCAGUGCCCAGCAUGUCCAUCAGUGCCAGCAGCCAGAGCAGCAGUGUCAACAGCCUGGCAGAUGCCUCAGAUGAUGAUGAUGGAGCUGAGAUUGCCAUGAUGCAGGAAGGCGAGCACACAGUCACCUCCAACAGCUCGGUCAUCCAUCGUCUCCCGGGCCAUGACAAUUUGUAUGAUGAUCCGUACCAACCUGAGAUGGAACCCCAGAGCUCAUCCUCAGCUGCUCGACGCCGUGCCUAUUGCCGCAAUCGAGACCAUUUUGCCACCAUCCGUACUGCUUCCCUGGUGACUCGCCAGAUCCAGGAACACGAGCAAGAUUCAGCCCUGCGAGAUCAGAUGAGCGGCUACAAGCGGAUGCGGCGCCAGCACCAGAAGCAGCUGCUGGCUCUGGAGAACAAGCUCCGGGCAGAGCUGGAUGAGCACCAGUUGCGACUGGACAAGGAGCUGGAGGCCCACCGCAACAAUUUCUCUGCUGAGGCUGAGAAACUGGCCAAAAAGCACCAAGCUAUUUUUGAGAAGGAGGCAAAGGCAGCCCUGGCUGAGGAGAAGAAAUUCCAGCAACAUAUUUUGGGUCAGCAGAAGAAAGAACUGGGUAAUUUGUUGGAAUCACAGAAGCGCCAGUAUAAGUUACGCAAGGAACAACUCAAAGAGGAACUGCAAGAGAACCAGAGUACACCCAAGCGGGAGAAGCAGGAAUGGCUAUUGAGGCAAAAAGAGAACAUGCAGCAUUACCAGGCUGAGGAAGAGGCCAACCUUCUGCGCCGUCAGCGGCAGUACUUUGAGUUGCAGUGCCGCCAAUACAAGCGCAAAAUGCUGCUGGCACGCCACAAUUUGGACCAGGACCUACUGCGGGAGGAAUUGAACAAAAAACAGACACAGAAGGAUCUCGAGUGUGCUAUGCUGCUGCGCCAACAUGAGUCCACCCAGGAGCUGGAAUUCCGGCAUCUGCACACUGUCCAGCGCACCCGCACAGAACUCACCCGCCUGCAGCACCAAACUGAGCUUUCAAACCAGCUGGAGUACAACAAGCGUCGAGAGCAGGAGCUGCGUCAGAAACAUGCCAUGGAAGUCCGGCAACAGCCUAAGAGCCUCAAAGUAGGUGCUACCUACACCCCGCCUUGCUGCCAGUGGUGCCCAGAAGGGCAGGAUGCAGGGUUUCUGGAGCCAGGGCAGGGAUAUCCAGGGGUUAUGGAAAUGGACAAAUGUGAGGCUGGAGGUCUGGAGUCUGUACAGGACCAUUUGGAUGGGCCUGGUCCAUGUGAGUGCAUGGCUGGGGUUCAGAAGUGCUUAGUGGAUGCUGAUGUAGGAUGUGCACAUGUUGGUUACCUUGACCCAGAAAGAUCUGAUACAGCUGUUCUGGAUUCAGGCACUCUUUGUCAUGAUGAUCUAGGGCAUUGUGAACAUAUUAGAGGGGCUUUAGAGCAAAUUCAGGGUGAUGUUGACAUUGUGGACUCAGGAAUAAAAUGUUCAGACCUUGUAGGGAAGUGUGUCCAUGCCAAGGGGAUUCUGAAGCCUGAGUUAGACUGUCAUGGGCAUAUGGUUCUAGAACAGUACAGCCAGGAAGAAGAACAGGAUCUAGAGCUGAAACUGCCUAUUGGGGCACUUGUACAGGAGUGGUCACAGAAGAGAGCUUUGGAUCUGAGUGAGCAGAGUUUGGAGUCUUCGAUGUCUGAAUUGAGGAGUUCUGGAGAUGUAGAGCCAUUUUGGCAGCGGCUGGCUGGUGUCAUUCCAGAUGGACAGGAAGCUACAGCUCUCGAACAGAGACAACAAUGUGUUGGACUUGAAGGGAAAGACAGUGAAGUCUGUAGAGGACAGAUUCUAGAUUUUGGUGGACUGUGUUUGAAACAGCAAGAGCUCUGUGUAGAGGGAGCAGCAGAUCUAGAGUUAAGCAAGAAGUUUCUUGAAGGAGUGGAUCAUUACAGAGAGGGUUCUAGGGUUUUGUUACCAAUCCGGAGACGCCCAGGUGUCCCAGAGCCAGAUGGACAAGAGGCUGAUAAGCUAGAGCCAUUUAAAUGUGAAGAUAGUUUAUACCCUCAUUCUUUACCAGCUAUUGUAGAGGAAGGGGCAUUGCGAGGCCCAGGUGAUGGCUGCCCAGCCCCUGAAGACCCCUACAGUCAAUUGGAAAGUAGCAAACCCCGCCCUGCCCCAGCUCCAUUGGCAGCCAUUUUGCCUCAUGUGCUCUGUGUAGCUUUGGCAUUGUUGGUCUCUGCCUAUCCCUGUGCCCCAACUCUCCUGCUGCUCCUGGCUGUUCUUUGGGCCCAGGGUGGAGGAUUUCAGGAUAUCCUCUUAGCCCUUGAGGGGGUUAUGGUGGGCUUGGGGGUUACGUAUACCCUGUUACACUCUAUCUUCCUUCUCUCUGGUGCAUCCUUUCUACUGCUGGCCAAGAUCGCAGGGGCAGUGGGUGUGGUGGGCCUGAGUGCCAGUAGGGGGCGCCUAUAUGUUCCAGUCAUCCUCCUGGCAUCCUAUCUUUUAGCAUCGCCCUGGCUUUUUUUGCCCCUUUAUCUCUUGGGGGCAAUGGCAAGGUAUAGCCUGAGGGGAUUCCCCCGGCGUGCCCGCCGUUUUUGGCUGCUGAUCCUUCUUCGUCUGCCACGCCCAGCUUUCCGUAUUCUGCAGCGCCUGGGCCUGGUUAGUGAGCGAGGGCUCUUUCGACUCUUCCCCAAAACCAACAAAGGUGGCUUCCGUAGUCGUAUCCCAGUGCUGUCCCACCAACGGCAGCCACCAAUCCCCUGGCAUCGCAAGGCUGUAGCCCUCCUUGCCAAACCAGUUUGCAGCCUCAACAAGUUCCUUACAGAGGUGAUUUGUGCCCAGCUGCCACCUUCAGCCCUACACUGCCUCAAGGGGCUGCGUGUGUUGCGGGGGGAGAGGCCUAGCCACAUCCCCCGCCUGAUGGCCCGUGCAGCCAGGCCAAGAGGCCAUUCCAUGGGCUCCGUAAGGCGGCUUAGUAGACGAAGUCGGGGACAGACUACCCAGCCUGUCAGGAAGCCCUGGAGAUAAUUGGCCUUGAAUGCUUGUGAAUUCCCACAAAGCUCUUCUAAAACAGUAAGACAGAUAAUUCUGGCGCAACUUUGAUAUCUUCGUCCUUAGUCUAACACACAGAAUCUGGGAUGUUGGCCAGUCUCUGGAAUUUUGUGAAAGAAGGCAAAACCACUUGCAGUAUUCACAGUGAGAGCUAUUUCAUUCCAUCUUAUGUGUAGUAUUGGCAUAGAGAGACAAGCAGCAUUAGGAGAUAAUUUAAUGUGUUAAUGGCAAGAGAGCCCAAUCAUCCCUUGGAGAUAGGGUCUGCUUGAAGAAAGGGGUCUUGACAUGGGGUGCGGGGAACCAGAGGUUUGUGCCAGCUCCCUGUUUGUUUACAUAUUGGGGGUGGGUGGGAGCGUUGUUGUUUGUUCAUUAUCCUAACGAGGAAAGAAUCAUCUGAUGCCCUUUUGAGCUGGCAGUUUUGGGUGGACUAAAAAAAAUGCCCAUUCAGGCUGGCUGGGGAAAGACGGAGAGAAUUUUGUGUUGCAGGUAAAGCUAAAGCCCUUUAAAACUGAGGUGUGAGAUGUAUGUAUACUAAUGUAUUUGUAGAUUUGAACCUAACAGAGAAGAGUAGUUUGAUAAUAGGGGCUGUGGGUUUGCAGAAUGCUCCACUCCUACAAAUGCUAUCCAGUAGCCCCCUUUCAAACAUAUGAGCACAGUUGCUUUCUCUGAGAUAUACUUUACCACAUUGAGGAGAUGUAGGUGAUCCUGAUUUUGACAACAUAACAAGACCAAAAGAAGGGGAAGGGUGUUGGGACUUAGAUUAUUAAUGUGAAUGCAACUUGGUUCUAGAGCUUGGUAAAAUUACUUUUUGGACUACUAUUCCUGUAAUCCCCCUAAAAGCAGCACCUGUAGUGAUGCUUGCUGGGGAAUUCUGGGAACUGUAGCCCCAGAAAUUAACCUUUCUAAUAACUGCUUCUGUUCUGGAAAAGUUCCCACUCAAAUAGAACUGUUUUGCCUCCCUCUCUUUCCAUUUGACUUGGAAGCUGAAGAAAUUAUAAGGGUGUACAUGUUUCAAGAAAGCAGACUCCUCCCAGCUCCUGAGGGCUUACUAAUUUUAGGUGAUUCUUUCGCCGUUCAAAUAUAUAUAUUUUCCCACCAUUUUAUAAAUAUAUAUCUAUAUAUAUUUAUCAUUUCCCACCCUAUUUGUAACAUCCCCAUCAUUUCACUUUUUUGUUUGUUUUGACUUGAAUGUAUAUAUUUGUGUAUGUUUUUAGGACUGGUGCUUUGUAACCUUUAUAUAAAACAGAUUUUGUGGAGUGGGGGAGAGCUAAUAAGAGGUUUUUAUUUUGGAAAAUAUAUUCUGACCAAAAAUGGGAGAAAUCUACAUGAAACAAAAUUGAUUGCCAUAGAUUUUCCAUUUGAAAGCCCAAUGGCCCAGCCAUUAGUUGUUUUUUUACUUCUACCACCAUCUCUCUUUUUUUUUUUUAACUGAUAAUGGAAACCCACAUUCUGGGCCUUUGAAAUAGUGACUCUCCUUUUGGCUGGUUUGCUUUAUUUUAACAUAUGGGUAUAUAUACUUGGAUUUUUUAAAGCUACAUAGAAAACAAAGCUGGCUUGACAUUUAAUACAUCCUACAGUGUUGAGACAGUUGUGAGUUCUGUUAAUGAAGAACCCGACAUUUUUAAUUUUUAUUUAUGUGGAAAUACUCUGGUUUUUUGUUUGUUUGUUUGUUUUUGCUACAUGAUGAAAUACAGGAACUGCUGCAGGAGUUGUAAUGCCUCAGAUUGUUCCUUUUGUCAGGGACUCAACAGUAUCACAUUUCUUACCCCCUGAAUAUGUACAACCACUUUCACUUCCUUCAUUCUUUCCCAUUUCUUUACAUCUCUUUCACUGUGUAGGUCCAGGCCUAGGAGCCAUUUUACUGAGCUUUGCUGAAAACAGUUUUGUCACAUAGCUGUUUGGCUACUUAGUCAUCUUCAUCCCCAUACAUUUCUGGCUUAAGCCAAAACAGCAGUCGUGGAGCACCAAACCGCUUUGGUGGUUACUGCUGGCCUAGUAACACUUAGAUAAGAUUCCUUCAUUUCUAAUACCAGUAACAAACAUGUUGAAGAGUUCUGACACAAGUUCCUAUAAAUCUACCCUGACAACAAUUGUGCUGUUGGAAAUCAUUGUCUUGCCCAUUUUAUCUCUGACCAGAAAGCACCCAAAAACACUAUGGCACUCUCCCCCCAUUUGGUGCCUUCCAGAUGUAUUGGACUAUAGCUCAUCACCCACAGUCCACUCUUUUGGGGAAGAGCCACGUUAUGAAAGGUGACAGUACAGAAUCUUGAUAUAGUUCAUGUGAAUGACUUUUCUGCUGGCUUCUUUUGAAAAUCAGAUUUUAGGAAACAAACUGAUCUGUUCCUGUGAUGAAUGGAGCCAGAGAGCCAGAAUCAUACAGACAAUGUUCAGGCUUUCUGUUUUUCACCUGAACCUGAUUGGACCUGAAUGUCAGCAACUUUAACUUCCUAAACGACACGCAGAAUGAGCUACUUUGAGAGUAAAUUCCAUUUCUUUUAUCAGUGUUUACUUCAAGUACAUUUGCUCAGGUAGAAUUUUCACAUUCCUUCUUACCCAUUUUGCAUCAGGUGAUGGCAGACCAUGUUUUCACACAUUUAACUCAUUUUGAGAGUAGUAGAAUAUACUUCUUGUUAAUUGGUGAUUUACUUUUAAAUUGUAUCUGUUCGUGUGUGUGUUUUUUUUAAAAAAAACAUUUUUAUAUUAUAUCUGGUUUUGUUUUUAAUUCCAUAUUCAUCUCUUCUGGGUUUGUGUCCCAUUGGUGCAUUGAGCACUUGCCCUGUAUUUCUCCCUUUUUUGGUUCACCUGUGGUCUUUUAUUUAUUUUGUUUUGUUUAGCCAUUGAUUUAUUUUUAGCAUUCCUCUAACCUUUUUUAUGGCCAAACUUAGAUUCAUUAAUCCAGAUUCUAUUUUGUUCAUUUUAAUAUUGUACUUGUAUUUCUUCCCAUUUUGUGUGCAUGUUUGAGCUGUGUUUUUCCCCUACCCUCCUUGCAUUUUUUUUAUUUCUCUGUUAAAUAUUUUUAAUUUAUUUCUCCCAUUUUAUGUGGGGAAAGGUGUUCAUCUGUGGUUUAUUUAUUUUUCCCUUCCCUGUUGUGGAUGCAUGUGAAAUUUUGAAGGAAAAAAAUCAAUAAAAAAUUCUGCACCACAA